CAUGCGGAGGAAGGCGGGUUCUCCUGCCGGAAGUCAGCUCUAACCCUGGGCCCCACAACUGCAGGCCGAGCCGGAGCCGCACAGUUAGAGCGGGGACCCGGGCCUCUGGGGUCCGGACAGGGGUCGCCAUGAGGACCCACGUUUGGUUCCCAGCACCCACAUGGGUGGCUUUCAACCACCUGUAACACCAGCUCCAAGGGAUCCGAUGCUUCUGGCCUCUGUGGGCACCUGCACGCAAGUGCACAUAUGAACACAAAUAACAAAAAAACAGCUGAGCUCUGUUACAUGCCUGGAAUCCCAGCAUUGGGAAGUGGAAGCAAGAGGAGCGGGAGUUGAAGGCCUACGUGGCUGUAUGAUCCGCUUCAUCCUCAUCCAGAACCGGGCAGGCAAGACGCGCCUGGCCAAGUGGUACAUGCAGUUCGAUGAUGAUGAGAAGCAGAAGCUGAUUGAAGAAGUGCACGCCGUGGUCACCGUGAGGGACGCCAAGCACACCAACUUCGUAGAGUUCCGGAACUUCAAGAUCAUCUACCGACGCUACGCUGGCCUCUACUUCUGCAUCUGUGUGGACGUCAACGACAACAACCUGGCCUACCUCGAGGCCAUCCACAACUUCGUAGAAGUGUUAAAUGAAUAUUUCCACAAUGUCUGUGAACUGGACCUGGUGUUCAACUUCUACAAGGUUUACACAGUGGUAGAUGAGAUGUUCCUGGCAGGUGAAAUCCGAGAGACCAGCCAGACGAAGGUGCUGAAGCAGCUGCUGAUGCUGCAGUCCCUGGAGUGAGGUGGCCUCCACCCAGCCUGGCCUGCUGGACCAACCUGCCUGCUCACCCCUGCCAGGCCCGAGGUGCACCCCAGCAGCCCCCUCCCUUCCUCAGCUGCCCUGGAGGAAGGACCCAGUAGGGUCUAGGCCGCAUGGGAGGAGGGCGCAACCCACUGCCUCUGGGCCCUACUUUGACGGCAGAGGCCACCUUGAUGUCCUGAGUAACUGUGCUAUUGUCGUGUGAUGCUGUGAGUGUGUGUGUGUGCACCCCCAAUAAACCUAUGGUCCUGCCUGG